AACAGGAAGAGAAGAAGAAACAAAGAAGAAGAGGGAAGGUGACCAUGGGCAACAGCCUUAGGUGUUGCUUGGCCUGUGUGCUUCCCUGUGGUGCACUCGACGUCGUCCGAGUUGUCCACCUAAAUGGCCAGGUCGAGGAGUACAGCCGGCAAGUCUUUGCAGGAGAGAUCUUGGCAGCGAAUCCUAACCAUGUGUUGAGCAAGCCAUGUUCUCAAGGUGUUGUUCGCCAGAUUCUGAUACUUUCCCCGGAUUCUGAACUCAAACGAGGUGAUAUCUACUUCCUGAUCCCAACAUCAUCAGUUCCAGAAAAGAGAAAGAAGCAUCAAAAGAAGAAGAGAAUUAAAAGUGUUACAAUUGAGAAGCCACCAGAAGAGAACAAUUAUUUAGCUGACAUCCUCUCAGAGAAGAAGUCCGGCCACCGGCGGCAAAGGAACGGUCGAGUCGGGGUGUGGCGGCCUCAUCUUGAGAGCAUAUAUGAGGAUCUAUGAGGCAAUUGAGCGCGGAAAGUGAUGACAAUUCCGGGCCGGAAUGUGGCCGGCGGUGAGGCCUAGGAGUGGUUCAGUUGCACGAGGGAUACCGUUUUUUCUAUGGUUGGUCUUCUGUGGAUGCUCGUGUAAUAUAUUUUUUUUCCCCUGCCACUUCAUGAAAAUGAGUGGAAGUUGUGGAAUUUUUGUAUUUUAUGUUGAUCUUUCCUUUGGAAAGAGAGAUCGACCUGCUCGAGGUGCAAGAAAGAGAGAGAAGAUUUAAAAAGGUGGAAACCGUUUGUAAUCAUAUGGAAAUGUACUUUAAUCAAUGCUAAAUUGUACAAAAUAAAUUGAAAGUUGUGGUUUGUUUUUCCA